CCAGAACGUAGGAUCGCCAAGGAUGUUACCCAUGGGUGAAGUCAAUUCAGGGUGCGGCUGCUCGAUGGUCCAUAUGCGGCUGUGAAGCAGCUGGAGUUGCCGUCGAAGGCGGCUCAGAUAUUUCCCAACGUGCCUCGCCGACUGUGUGUUCUCAAUAUCGCGAUAUUAUUCCUCACUUUUUCUCGUUCUUCCUGCGAUUCUGACGAUAUUGCAGACUCUCUUCCGAAUCAAACGUGUUAUUUGAGUUUAGAUGCUGUAUUUGAGAUCUUUCCUUCUAGAACAUCAUGCCCAAGUACCCUUGGCGGCGUUUCAGAACAUACGACCCACACUGCAUGGAGGAUGCGGACGGAUACCAGCAGACAACGAGUGGCUGGAGAUGUGGAACAUCGGUGUCAGCUGUUGGAAAAGCCACACAGGACGACAAACAACUAGAGCUUUCCAGAUGCCUGUCGCCUUGUGGAUUUCCACAGCAUAUUCCCUACAUCAAUAGAUGCGCACGACUCAGGAACCCGCAGGCCGGAGUGCGAUACGUCCACAGUAAUCGACCCCUAAGUGAAGACGAGAGACAUAUACCCAAAGCGAUAACACCAUCUGAUCACCAUUGUCAGAAACGCCUGUUACGGUCUUUGCAACGGUCAUCGGCAGUAAUAUGCUACAUUCUCUUGGUACUUGUGCUCCUCACCAGUGCAUCAGCAUCUUCUUUACACACCAAUCACACUCCUAUCAUCAAGAGACAAGCCGUCCCCGACCGCUUUGGAAACACAGGAAACGAACCCGCACCAGUCGCAAGCCAACCACCACCUAGACCCGCUACUGCAAGCCUAUCUCCCACCGCAUCACCAGCUUCGUCCGUUUUCCCUACCGGCAAUCCCCCAACAUCUACUGCAAUUUCGACUGGUACGCGCCCCCUCCCCUCCGGCUUCGAUCUUCCCAACGGCAAUGGCAACCUACCCCCACCCGGUGAAUUUGAGAACGACCCCGGUGCUCCUCUUGCGCCUCUGACGCGUACAUCUCCUCGUCCAGCCCUCAGCAUCGGCGCUAUGGCCGGCCUCGCAGGGGCAGGCUUCGUUAUCAUCUGCAUUAUCGUCGCUCUGAGCGUUUGGAUCUACAAACGCCGUCCUUCUGCUAAUGUCGAGGAGAUACCCAUCAGGAGGUCGAAGUUGAGUUCGCGGUUGGGCUUCAGAUUGUUUGGUGAGGGCGGGGCACUGUCGAGGAGCGGGAGCAGGAAUGAGUCGAGGGCUGGGUUACGCAGAGAUAGCGAACACUCAAAUGAGGGGAGAGAGAAAGAAGUAGAAGCUGAAAAGGGUUGGCUGAGUAAGCGGGAUAUUUCGCGUCCGAAGCCGAUGAAGGACGUUUGGGUGGAAAAUGGACUUCUAGGUGUGCCUAAGCCGGCAUUUCUGAAGGAGGCGAGGGGAGAAGGACAGGAUACAUCUGCGCCUUGGGCUGGAAAUGGGAAUGAGGAUAAGGUGAAGCCGGGGAGACCGCGAAGUGCAGAGCCUUUGGGAAGGUUGAGUGGGAUGGGGCUGGGAAUGGGAUAUUUGAAGUGAUUGAGUUUUUCAAGAGAUUCAGUGUAUGUAUUGGGACGCUGGAGCCGUCACAUAUUUUUAUUGAUACCCAUAUUUCUUCGUAUUUCUCGAC